UACAAUAUUGACAUAUUGGCUUCAAGGUGGCAGUAUAGUUUUAGUCGCGCGGAAGUAAUAACACCUGAGCGUAGUAACACUUCGAUUAUGAGUAAAAUAAAUUUACGUCAACUCGACCCGGCGCUUCGUGAAUUGGCGCGCACAAAUUGCAAUGAAAAUGCUGAGACCGUAGUUGAUCAAAUCGAAGUCAUACAAGAAUGGAUUAGAAAGUCUCCACAUCUGAAAGCGUCGAAUAAUCCCCAUUUGAUUUUGGCCUUCCUGCGUCGGUGUCAUUUCAGUCUCGAGGAAACAAAGAAACGUAUCGAUGAUUAUUAUGCGUUAAAGAAUGCAUUUCAUGAGGUGUUGUGUGAACGUGAAUUGAGUGAAGAGUUAUUAGAGUUCUAUCGCACUGGCAUACACAUUAUACCCAACAAACCGAUCGCACCCGAUGGACCAGCUGUAAUGAUCUCGCAGUACUGCAAAAUCGAUUCGAAAAAAUCAAAUCCGCGUUUAGCAUUUAAAUUACUGUUUAUACUCUUCGAGACAUUGGCCAUGGAGAGCGACAAUGCCAGCAUAGUGGGUCUAACAUAUAUAAUCGAUUGUCGGGACGUUGGUGUCGAUCUAAUGAUGCAAUUUGAUCCAUUCCUCUUGAAGAAGGCCUACACGCUGGCGGAAAACUGUAUGCCCUUAAAACUGAAUGAAAUCCAUGUCAUAAAUAUGAGACGCGAAGGUGUAUCUGUCUUCAAUUUCGUAUCAUCGUUUAUGCCCAGUACAUUGGCAUUCAAGUUUCUGGCGCACAAGAAGGCCGAGGAUUUGUUCGAACACAUUCCACGUGAUGCGGUAACGGUCGAAUAUGGCGGCAGCAAUGGCUACCUGGCCGAGGCGAUUAAAUCGUUUGAGCAGCAAUUGGCGCAGCAUAAGGAGCACUUCAAAGAAGAUGGCAAUUUCGGCACAAACGAAAAACUACGCAUUGGACGUAAGAAAGAAUGGGAAAUGGGUGAAUUAAGUGGAGUGAGUGGGUCUUUCAGAAAACUAGAAUUGGAUUAGUAAUUUAAAUAGUGUUAAAUUAAACAAAAAAUGUUGUUGUUUAUAUUAUUUAUAAAUAAUUUAUUAGCUAAAGAAAUGUACAACUUAAAAGUAACAAUUUUAAUCUAG